AUGCCAAACAUUUCUCUUCCCACGGAAUCUAUGGCAAUCCCGCCACCGGUUCCGGCUGCUCCGAGUCAACCGUCGACGUCGGUGCAGAAGAUUCUUGCCCCCGUGGAACAUCCUGUGUCCACCACCUGUUCGUCAAACUUCGCCCAGUCGACCAAGACGGUACUGCUGCUUACCGCAGUGGUGCAGGUGUUUGAUAAGAAGAGUCAUCCCCAUCCAUACCGCGUCCUGUUGGACAGCGGCUCCCAGGUGAAUUUCGUGACCGAAGACAUGGCCAAUCGCCUGGGUCUGCCGAAGAAGCCAGCCAACGUUUCGAUCACCGGUAUCAACGCGUUGCGCAUCCUCGCUCGUGACAAGGUGACGCUGAAAUUCAAGUCCCGAGUAUCCAACUUCCAAGCCAGCCUCGAGUGCCUAGUGACGCCGAAAGUAACGGGCACAAUUCCAUCGUCGAAGAUCAACAUCAACAAUUGGGACAUCCCUGCUGGAGUGGUUCUUGCCGAUCCCGAGUUCCACACGCCCAAUAAGGUGGACCUGUUGAUCGGCACAGAGCUGUUUUUUGAUAUACUGAAGCCAAGCCAACUCAACCUGGCGGACAACCUGCCACAGUUGCGAGACACUCACCUUGGGUGGAUCGUAUCUGGUGUCAUCGUCGAGCCACAGAUUUCCAACGUAUCAGUUCAGCAUGCCAGCCACGUUUCUCUUGAAGACAUCGAGCGAAAGAUGUACAAGUUCUGGCAAAUCGAGGAAGUGCCGGACGUACCCACGUUAUCAACCGAGGAGAUGGCAUGCGAAACACACUUUCUGUCCACAUACCAGCGUGACGAGUCCGGAAGAUUUAUCGUGAGCUUGCCGUUCAACGAAAAUUCUUCGCAGCUGGACGAUUGCCGUUCUUUAGCUCUGAAGAGGUUCCUGAUGCUGGAGAAACAACUGAUGAACAAUCCCGAACUACAAGCGCAGUACGUAGAGUUCGUUCGAGAGUACGAGGUUCUCGGACAUUCCCGUGAAAUCAAUGAAGCUGAUGAUCCUCCCAACCAGCAGAGGUAUUAUCUUCCACAUCACGCUGUACUGCGUCCGUCCAGCUCGAGCACAAAAUGUCGUGUCGUGUUCGAUGCAAGUGCCAAGUCGUCAUCCGAAAAGCUGUCUUUAAACGAAGUCCUGCAAGUCGGUCCUGUGGUGCAGAAUGAUCUGCAUUUCAUCGUCCUACGCUUCCGAAAGUUCAAGAUAGCCUUUUCUGGAGACGUUGCCAAGAUGUACCGGCAGGUACUGCAAGCACUACAAGAUCGACGUUUCCUCCGAAUUUUCUGGAGACCACACCCGUCGCAGAAGCUACGGGUUCUGGAACUGUGUACUGUUACCUACGGUACAGCAUCCGCUCCAUACCUCGCAACAAGGUGCCUGGUACAGCUCGUCGAGGAAGAAGGUGAGUUUUUUCCUAUCGCCUCUCGCAUUGUAAUGGAGGAGACGUACAUGGACGAUGUACUGUCCGGCGCAGACUCGGUGGAAGAUGCAAUCGAAGCUCAACAACAAUUGAAGCAGCUUCUAGGACGUGGUGGUUUUCCGAUACAUAAAUGGUGCUCGAACUCCAAAGAAUUUCUCGAGCGCAUUCCCGUGGAAGACCAGGAGAAAAGGGUACCGUUAGAAGAACGUGAUGUAAACGAAGCUAUCAAGGUCCUUGGCUUGCUCUGGAAUCCGAAUGCCGAUACGCUGUACAUUGCAAACCAUCCGAAGCAACCGCCGCCAUUACAACAACGUGUUACGAAGAGGGUAAUGUAUUCGGAGAUAGCCAAAUUCUUCGACCCUCUUGGGCUGGUCUCUCCAGUCAUCGUAUUGGCAAAACUAAUGGCUCAACGGUUGUGGCAGCUCAAGGUCGGAUGGGACGAUCCGAUUGAUGAAGAUACGGCGCAAGAGUGGCAAGAACUUCAAGCUUCGUUGUCGCAUUUGCACAACAUCGCCAUCCCAAGAUGCGUGACAUUCCAAGGAGUCGUCGCGUUCGAAUUGCACGGGUUCUCCGAUGCCUCAACAGUGGCGUACGGGGCCUGCAUCUACCUACGAAGCCUGUUCAACGAUGGGAUUUGUCGAACGUAUGCCUCGGAUAUGGCCUGUUGGAGUCCUUCCAACGCCCGGUCGAUGUCAUCUAUGGUGUCAAGCGGUGGAUUUUAA